UAAUCAAUAACUGUCUGAUCAAUUUAAAAAAAAAUGUAGAUGAAAGAUGAGGUCGUUUUUCGAACUCUAGGAAAUAUAAGAUGUGAAGAUUUAUCAACAGGUCAUUAUCCAAAAUUUUGGCUGUUACCAGGAAUCCUAUUUCUAUGUUUCCUACAGGAAAGAGUAAGCAGUGUUGUGUUCAGAUAGAAAUGUAAUGCAUCCUAUUAAAAUAAGUUAAUUCAAUGUUUUAAAGAAUCUGAUAUUCAUUUUCAAUAUUUCAAUGACCAUCCUUCACGGUAAUGUUAAGCAUGAGUGCACGAAAUAUAAAAUUGAAACGGUAUUUAUACAUGAAUUUACAAGCUAUAAUAAUGUUUUCAUUUUCCAAGCCCAUUAUAGAUGACGAUCGAAAUGAUACAAAAGAAGAGAAGCUCAGGGACUGCUCUGAAAUUUUUGCAAAUGGGCGCGGAAUCUACGUAAUAUGGCCGAAUUAUUUGCCAGCGAAUAAAUCACUGAAAGUCCACUGUGAUAUGGAGACAGAUGGCGGAGGGUGGACGGUGAUUCAAAGAAGAGGAAAAUUCCCAGUUCAACAAGACUUCUAUCUGGACUGGGAAAGCUAUCAGAAUGGUUUUGGGAAUUUGACAAAAGAGUUUUGGUUAGGUAAUAAAAACAUACGUGAAUUGUGUCUUAAAGGAUGCAAAAUACGUUUCGAUCUCGUAGACAAGGAUGGAGUGAAACGUUUCGCUUAGGGAUUGCAAUACCGGACCAAAAUUUCAAUACCGGCAUUCGGUAUUUUUGAAAUCUUAAUACCGGUAUUAGAAAUUUUAGAAAAAGAAUGAAAACACAGCUGACGCUGUAUAAUCAUAAUGGAUGCGUUUUCUCCGCAAAAGACAGAGACAGGUGGGAUGGCGAAAAAAUACCUGUCAGGAUGGUGGCAUAGCGAAAGGUACUAUUGCAAUUUAAAUGGCAUCUACCAACCAGGCAAAAAUGGCCCACAAUAUGUUUAUUGGUGGAAAGAAUCUAAUGACUAUGACAAUUUGUCAGCCAUUGUGAUAAAGGUGAAGCCAAACUAAAAUGAAUAUCGUUUAUAUUGGAGAAGAUCCUUAAACAUAAUAGAUUGUAUUAAUUAUCAAUGUAUCAGUUAUGUAUAUUAAUUAUUAAUGUAUCAGUUACGUAUGUAAAUUAUCAGUUACGUAUUCUAAUAACUAUGACAAUUUGUCAGCCGUGGAGAUGAAGGUGAAGCCAAACUGAAUGGAAUAUCAUCUAUAUUCUGGCAAAUCCUUAUUGCUAUGUGUAUCAAUUAAACAUAACAGAGUGCAUCAAUAACGUAUUGAUUAUUACUAUAUCAGUUAUGUAUAUUAAUUAUCAAUGUAUCAUUUAUGUAUAAAAAUAUCAAUGUAUCUUUUAUAUGCAUUAAUUUUCAA